AUGGUAUUUAACUCCAGAACCAAGGGCAUGAUGGAAUCCAUUAAUGUUGUGGUUGAUGAUUCAAUUAUUGUAAAAGGGACAGAUGUCGAUGAAGAUGUUGGAACAUCAUCUCAGCAGACUGAUGCUUCAGAAAAUAUGGAAGACAUUGAGUCCAACAUUGAGCCAGCAAGGACUGAAUCAGAUAACCCCCAAGCCAACAAAGGUCCCUCUAUCAGAAUUCAGAAAGAUCAUCCAAAGGGACUCAUUAUUGGAAAUAUUAAUGAAGGGAUCACCACUAGAUUCAGAUAUGUGAUAUCCAAUGCUUGCUUUGUCUCAAAGUCUGAACCUAAAAAUGUGAAGAAAGACUUGACUGUGGUGCACGAAACUCCAUUUGAUAGUAAGAAAGAUGACUAUGAUGAUAACAGUAUGUCUAUUGAGGAGGAGAAAAAUAUGUCUGAAGAAAAAGAUAUUACCGGUGUGGAGAAGGAUAAGUCUAUUAAUAUUGUAAAUGUAGAUGAUCUAGAUUCUGAUGAUGAGCCUAUUGUAAAGAGAUUGGCUCCGAUUAUUGCUAAAAGAUUAAGUAAUAGAAUAGGGAAGGUUGUUACGUCUGCAAGCAAGCCAUCUAAGGCUCCCAAGAACAGUGAUGAUGUUGGACCUGCUAAAGGUUGGAGCAAGGUUAUGGAUCCUACUAAGAAAAGGAAGGAAGCACCUUCAAGUGACUAUGAGUAUAAUGUUAUAUACCAAAAGAGGUUAGAUUUGGAAAGAGAACUUGGGAAGGAUGCCCUUGAGUGUAAGGAGGUAGUAAGUCUUAUUGAGAAUGCAAGAUUAAUGAAGAGUGUUGCUGGGUUUGGUAUAUGUUAUGAAAUGCUAGUAAAGGAGUUCAUUGUGAUCAUUCCUACGGAUUGUGACAAUAAGAAGAGUAAGGAGUACAUAAAGGUGUAUGUGAGAGGUAGACGUGUGGAGUUUUCUCCUAAGGUGAUUAACAGGUUUAUGGGAAGGUGUGAGGAUGAGAAGGCUGAAGUAGAAGUAACUAAUAACACUGUUUGCAAAUAA